UUCCGUACCAGAUGACUCCCACUUUACGUUUUGCUGCGACGGUCCAAUGAAGAGCAGCUAGCAACAGUGAUGCUUCAACAUUUACUACUUCGCCGACGGGGUGUGUUUUCCCUUAGUAGCCCAGUAUAAACAAUGAUGAAAUUAACUGCAAAGACAUCCUGACAUCCACAACAUAAUCAAUGUGGGUCCAUCACAGUUUCGGUGACCGACAUGGACACAAGUGACAGCAAGGUAAAUUUAAUUUUUUUGCUAGGGUGCAUAAGUGGAUGCCUUUUUCUUGCCGAAGAAGCUAUGGUUAGCUAGCUAGCUACAAGUAACGUAAGAUCCCUUCUGCGGUAAACGUCAUUUCAGUGUAAUUCAACUGGUGAGAACAACUAUUACCAGGAUGUGAAGCUUUCUGCCGAAGUGGAGCCGUUCAUCCCUCAGAAGAAAGGUCUUGAUUCUGCCCUAGUCACCAUGAGCUUGUCCGGAGAGGGUGGAGGGGGUGGGGGUGGAGGCAGUGGGGUCGAACCCACCCCCAUCCCCAGCUACCUUAUCACCUGCUAUCCCUUCGUCCAGGAGAACCAGCCCAAUAGGCAGCUCCCCAUGUACAGCAGUGACAUGCGCUGGCAGCAGCCCAACCCCAGCCCUGCGGGGGGCCCGUACCUGGCCUACCCCAUCCUGUCCUCGCCACAGCCCCCCGUCUCCAACGAUUACGCCUACUACCAGAUCAUGCAGGCCCCAUGCCCUCAGAUGAUGGGCUUCUACCAGCCUUUCCCCACUCCCUAUGGAGGCCCGGUCCAGCCCGGCGUGGUCAAUCCUGUCUCCGCCGACUGCAGUGAGCGCCUCCCGCCCCCCAGCCAGACGUUUGGGCUGGCCAACCAGAGAGGGAGGGGCUUGACCCGAUCUACUGCCCCGCCUAAGCCACAGCCCAUGCUUCAGCCCAUGCUUCAGCCCAUGCUUCAGCCCAUGCUUCAGCCCAUGCGAGCGAAGAGAAUGCCCCCGCGUAGGGACGUGGCUGUGCAGAAGGAGGGGGGCGUGUCAGGCCCGGAUGGCAGGCAGAAGACCGUGCUGCUGGUGGACGCAGCGCAGCAGACAGAUUUCCCUGGCGAGGCUAGCGGGCGGAAUGUGCCAGAGUGUGCCAGCCCGCAGUCGUGGAAAAGCAAGCCCCGCCGCCGCCGACCCUCCCACCCGGCCGAGUCCUCCAGCGAGCAGGGUGCCAGCGAGGCCGACAUCGACAGUGACAGUGGUUACUGCAGCCCCAAACACAACCAGGCUGCUGCUGCUGCUGCUGCUGCUUCCUUACUCCCUGCCUCCCGACCCGGAGAGCCCCCUACUGCCGCUCCAUCGGCCGUUGAAACUGGUGUGAUGACGGCUGUGAGCUGGGUGAAUGUGGCCUCUCAGGCUGGCCAGAAGCCUUGGGGAGACAGAAACCCCCCCUUCCACAGACCAGCCAAGCCCCCGGAGAAGAGGACCUUCCCCCAAGAUCUCCAGGUGGGCUACCAGGGUCAUGGGUCCCCAAUGGGAGCUGCCCCAGACAAGAGUGUGUGCGGACCAAAGAGGCUGCAGCAGGGCACAGUGCAGCCCGCACCUCAGAUCCCAGGCACGGAGCUCACCCCAGAGCCGCUCUACUUCGAGGAUGAAGAUGAGUUUCCUGAGCUGGCCAGCGGCGGGGCUCCUGUGCGGAACAAACCGGAACCGGUCCAGCCCAAGAUGCCCAAAGGCCUGCUGGAGAACCUGCUGGAGAACUCGCCCAUCAACAUUGUCCAGACGCCCAUCCCCAUCACCACAUCCGUCCCAAAGAGAGCCAAGAGCCAGAGGAAGAAGGCCCUCGCCGCCGCCCUGGCCACCGCCCAGGAGUACUCCGAGAUCAGCAUGGAGCAGAAGAAGCUCCAGGUCCGCACACACGACCUCUGACCUUUAAUCACAAAACGCAAACAUCAUACUGAAGUAGUGUGGAAACUCAACAGAGGCGCAACGCUGCUGUAAAGAAGGGCAGCGUUCAG